AUAGAAUAAAAAAGAAAAUAUAUUAAAUUAAAUAAAAAAAACAAAAAAAAAACAUAGAUUCUUUAUUUUUUCUAAGAACUUUCCUUGUAGGUUUGGAUGAAAUUCUUGGGCUUGUAAUGAUAAGAAUUUCCCAAUAAGCCCAAACACCACAUCAUACACAUUCUAGCGCAGCCCAUUUCACAGCCAUGGCAACUUCCCAAGGUAGAACUGCGAAAAGAAAAACUCUUCGUCGCAUCUAAGCUUCAGCAGUUGAACUACCAUUCAAAUUCAUGAUUUUCCUUUUUCUUUUCGUGCAAUAUACAGAUCACAAAAGGAAGUACAAGAAACAAUAUAAACCAAAAAAAAAAAAAGAGCGUCGCAAAAAAGUCUAAUCUAAAAGAUGCCUUUAAUCUACACCAAUAGCUAUUCAUCUCUAUCAGCAAUUCUUUGCAUAGUACUCCUAUUUUCAUCAUCAUGGUUAGCUAAAUCAGUAAAUGAAGAACCCACAGCGUAUGAGAUUCUCAGUGAUUACAACUUCCCUAAAGGGUUAUUGCCUAAAGGAGUUAUUGGCUACGAUCUCGAUACAACUUCAGGUAAAUUUUCUGCGUUCUUGAAUGGUACUUGUAGCUUUUCUCUCGAAGGAUCUUAUCAGUUAAGAUACAAGUCAACUAUCAGAGGUCACAUAUCUAAAGGGAAGCUUUCUAGUCUGCAAGGUGUUAGUGUUAAACUAUUGUUUAUGUGGGUUGAUAUUGUUGAGGUUUCAAGAAGUGGGGAUGAUCUUGAGUUCUCUGUUGGAAUUGCUGGUGCUGGAUUUCCUAUUGAUAAUUUUGAGGAGAGUCCUCAAUGUGGAUGUGGUUUGGACUGUGGAGAUCGUAGGAAAGUUAGCAAGAUGAGAUCAAACCCUUUUGUAUCUUCUUUGUAGGGAAUUUUCCUUAAAUCAAAGAUUUCAAUGCAUUAUUGUUUUAUUAGAGUUGGUAAUUGUCGUGCUUGUUUUAUUUGAAUGGUGGAAUUAAUCGAAUUGGGUUGAGUUUGUUUUCUUAA